CUACGCGGCCAACUUCUCAAACAUUCCUUCUGUCAAAUAGUUCUUUUGGCGUGUGUCAAUUUUGGGAAACACGCGUUUUAUCUGGAAAUAUCCGAUUAAUCGGUAAAAAUGACGAGCAAAAUAAGGCCCGUCUACAAACCAGACAUCCUCAAGAAAAGGAACAAGAAGUUCAUCAGGCAUCAAUCCGAUCGUUAUGGAAAACUCAAGCGCAACUGGCGUAAACCAAAGGGUAUUGACAACAGAGUAAGGAGGCGUUUCAAGGGCCAAUUCUUGAUGCCCAACAUUGGUUACGGUUCCAAUGCCAAGACGAGGCAUAUGCUUCCAAACCACUUCCGUAAAAUCUUGGUGCACAACGUCAAAGAAUUGGAAGUCUUAUUGAUGCAAAACAAAAAAUACUGCGCGGAAAUUGCACAUGCCGUUUCGUCAAAAAAACGUAAAGAAAUUGUAGAGCGUGCCCAACAGUUGAGCAUCAGAGUGACAAACGCUCACGCCAGGCUUCGCAGCCAAGAAAAUGAAUAAGUUAGUCUGUAACUUUAUGUUU